UGCACCAGUCUUCCUGUUAUCUAAAGUAAUCAGUAUGAAGAUACCAGCUAGCUCCAAACUGGGCGGACUACAGGACUAGAAAGCUUAAUUGGAGGGAGAUCGAUGAUGGGUUCCCGUACAGCAUCAGCAUUAAGGCGCGGGUUUCCCAGGAAUCACUGGUCGGGCAUGCCAGCCUUGUUCUACAUCAAGAGGCAAAAAAACACAUCCAGAAUGGAUUUUUUUGCUUAUAUUUAGUGUGAACACACAUGAUAUAAUUGGCGGCUGGCUCAAACUUAUAAGUUCUGUAUGAUUGCGCGUCAGCUGAGCUACCAGCGCGAGUUUUUGUCACCCACCUCCAUCCGAGUCACCAUCCCCGGAGGUCUGCCCUACGAGGCUUUUGAGGCGAGAGGUUCAAAGGUCACCCCAUGGAGCCUUCUUCAUCUGUUCGAGUCGACGCGUGCCUUCAGUUUUUGGCCAAUGCCUGCUGCCGAGCGACCAGAGGGUUCCUUUGCCGAUUUUAAUCAGCUGCUGAUGGAUAACUUCUUUUUCAUAGCAACGGCAAAUCUUUCCAUUGAACGACAGUUAUAUGACGAAUUUACACCGAAGUUUCCUUUGUCUGUCACUAUUCACCUGGACUUCGUAGGGCGUUCGUCCUUCCUGUUAACUAGUUCUCUUGCGCACAUGGAUACGGAACCGUACGCCGUGUGUAAAGUACAAUCAGUUUUGGUUAACUCCACGACGCGAAAGCCAACUCCAUUUCCUGAUUGGUGGCGCCGUAAAUACCUUCACAACACUUGUUUAAGCGGAACUGCGUUGAAAAUGAAAGAUUUACUCGAAGCGAAAAUCGAUCAGUGUUAUCAGCAUGACGUCAUUGUGUACCCACGUGAAUGUGACUCUUACUUUCACACUAAUUGGUCAAAUUACGUCCGGUACUGUUCAGAUACAGUUAGUUUUGGUGUACUUCAUAAGAAAUUUAAAAACAUCACAGAGAAAACGUUGGAACAUGGGAUAAAGGAACUCGAGAUAUCCCUCCUAAGGGAAUCAAAUGUCGGUGAUAAAUUAAAUAUAGUGUCCUGGGAAACCAACGAUGGACUAAACUUCCGGAUUUUGAAAGACAGCCACGCAUGCGCGCAAAUGUCUAUGAGCUUUUUCCAAGAUAUCUUCUGUUCAACUACCUGAAAUAUUUGUGAAAUUGUAAGUAGAUAAGAAAAUUAAACAAUAAUAUAUUUUAAACUACUGCGGGAGGAGUGAAUACCAAUCAGUCCAUAUUUGUGAUGUUAACUUUGUUAAUUACGGUAAUGAUGGUAGGUAGGUAAAAACGGAUACCUAAAGGGUAUAGAUGACAAAUUCUCUCACACAACUGAAGAGUUCAAGGAGAUGUUGAAAGAUAUCAUCUGACAUAACUUUAUUGAUUAUUUCUAUGCUGGUAGCAGAGUUUUAUAAACUCUUAAAUUGAAGUGAAAGGUGCUAUUCACGUUUGUGUCUUUUGUACGAACUUAGAUUUAAAAUAACUAUUUGUUAAACAGAUAUCCUAAAAUACCCGUACAAUAUGUAUUGAUCGACAGCAAUAAAACAAUAAAAUAGAA